UUCUGUACGGUCGUCGGUCGCGUGCGGUACACAUGUGAACGAGAAGCGCGCUCAACAUCGCCGUGUGAUCCAUCGGUGCCCCGGUGCCAAUUUACACACACCAAGGUGUAGACAUGGAUGUAAACGGAUGUACUACAUUGGUCAAUAUUAAUAAUUGUAGUUAUCGAAAUAAUAAUAGAAAAAUAAUCAUUGUCGCUGCUCGAUCUUCACCGACGGUUUGUGCCAGGCGAAUAAUUAUCCAAAGCUACGACUCGCCGGCGCAGAGUAAACCGAACCGCUGUUGAUAAUUAGCAAACACAGCACAGAAGACAUGCGGUUCCCGGCUAGAGCCGUGGCCGUCGUCGUAGCGUUGCUGUUGUGCGUGGCCGGCCAAGAGCACGACGGCCAACGGCAGACGGAAGUGGACCAAUGGAAGUGUCCGGAAGUGCGAAACGUGUCGUGCGCCUGUGACUUACCGCACACGUUGCGGUGCACGGGCGGCAAGUCCACGUUCGAGACGGUGGCCGCCGCGUUGAAAAACCUCUCUGGCGCCACGUCCGUGUCUCUGCUGGACUGCACUGUCCAAAAUGUGGCCUCGUUGCCGGCUCGCAUGCUGGAGGGCGUGUCCUUACACGGUCUCGUGGUGUCGUCCGGCGACAUAAAAUCUGUGUCGGAGUCCGCGUUCGCCGGGCUCGCGUCCCCUCUGCAGGCCCUAGGUCUGCCCAACAAUCAGUUGGAACGCGUGCCUAGCGCCGCUUUGGCCAUCCUCAUCGGCCUGGAGCGACUGGACCUUUCCCACAACCAGCUGCACACCGUCCACAACAGUUCUUUUAAGGGUUCGCCGAAUCUCACGUUUUUGGAUCUGAGCAACAACUCCAUCCGUUUCAUCAGUCAAGACGCGUUUGUCAACUUGCCUUUUUUGAAAGUGUUGCGCCUCCAAAACAACUUGCUCACAUCGGCGUCAACGUCUCAUCUCCAAGGACUCCGGUCGCUCGUCGAACUGGACUUAAGUUCCAACCUGCUCUCCGGACAACUAGGCCCCAGCACGUUGCCCAGGUUACCCAAAUUGCAGAUCAUAUCAUUGGCGCAUAACCAACUGAACAGCGUGCGUCGCGGUUCGUUUGCUGGUCUCGAGAACAUCGUAUCGUUAACGUUGAGCCACAACCAAAUCGACGUGCUCGAAGAUCACGGGUUCAGAGCUGUGCCCACGCUGUCGCACUUGGAUCUCGCUAACAACCGCAUUGUGGCCGUGUCCAGUGCUUCGCUGUCGCACUUGACCAAGCUGAAGACACUCGAUUUAUCGCAUAACUUCUUGAGGAGCCUUACUUCUGAUCUCAUUGCACCGUUGAAGAGCGUUCAAGACUUAAAGCUCGACGACAACGACAUAUCUAUAAUCGCCGACGGGGCUCUGAGCAGCGCCAAUUACAUCACGAGUCUUUCUCUGUCGGACAAUCCGUUGAACUGUGACUGCAGCUUGUUGUACUUUGCCGGCUGGCUGUCCAAUCACAGUUCGGUGUCCACAGCCAGCGAUACGGCGGUGUGCGCCACGCCUCCAACGCUGGAAAACGGUUUGCUCAAGGAUUUGACGUUAACGAAAUUAGUGUGCGGUGGCGAGGACAGCGUGCCACCGCCGGAAGGUCCGCUGACCAUGUUGCAAUCAUAUUCCGGUAUGAAAAUAUCGCUGCGUUCCUACCAGUUCGACGGGAUGCGCAUCAGUCUCGGAUGGUCGGUAAAUGCGCCGGUGGUGUCGUACUACUGCAAGGCCCUGGUAAUAUACGAACACGUGGACAAUCACGAGGUGCUGCUGGACUCUAAGCCAGUGCGGUGCAACUCGUCGCAGUUGCCAGACGCUAAAAGUUUGACGCUGUCUCUGUCCGCCAGCGAACUAGAACCGGCACACACUUACAGGUACUGUCUGGUGUUAAUCGAAGGCUACGCCGACGAAUCGGACGAGAUGGCCAUGGUGUUGGGCUGCAGCGACAACGUAGCUCUGGUCCCCAACGCCAAUCAACUGCACCACGCUGGCAACGGUCGACUCGAACCCAACAUCCAAAAUAUCACCUCGUCGUUCAUGUCGCCUUCGUCGCUGUUCGUCGCGGUUCACCUGCAGCUGCUACAGACCUCUCACGCGGACUCUGGCAAGUGCACCAUCACGUUGUCCGUGUACAGCCUGGCCAAACCAGUGGCUCGGCACCGGUUGAACUGCACGGCGCCUUGGACGACAGUCACGGAUUUGCCGGCCGAAAAAUCCUAUCAGAUAUGCGCCAGCGUCGGCAACAAGUUCCCAGACGACGACGAGGACACCAUGAUUUGUACUUCGGUGGACAGUCCGGCCUCUCGCGAUUGGUUGGCCGGUCUGCUGAAUGCCAAGAGUUACGCUUUCCUGUUGUCGGCCACGUGCACGGCCACCGUUUUCCUGUUUGUGUUGCUGGCUUACAAGACCGCGUGUAAAGCGUGUAAGAAGCCCGACAACACCAACGUCCUUCAGACCCACCAGUGUUUCCUGCCCGUGCCGCCUAUAGACAACGGCGCCCAAAGGCCCAGGUACGUGAAACUGCAGGCCACCACCGUGCUGUGACCUAGAACCCCCGCAAACGUACCUUCGUAACUCGACGAACAGCGAGAGGAUGUUGCCGAAAAUGCUGGACACUUCGGAUUUCCGAAGCCAGUGCUAGACGUCUCUAUUCUGGUAUAGGUAUGACAUAAAAAAUUCUGAGAAUUUAUGAGUCUCAGAACGUCGUGGGUGGUGUGACUUACAGUACGUCAGUGUGACAGAGAAAACAGACAUUACUACACCAGUGUCAAAACCAACACCCUGUUAAUACUAAAAUAGUAUAUUCAUACAUUUUUUGCUUGUUUAUGAAUGAAUAUUGUUAUUUUUGUUUCAUUUUUUUUUUAUAUAUAUAUUAUUUGUAACGAACCACUAUGUGGUUGGAAUUAUAAUAAUUACAAGUCUUGAUCGAUAUCGAUUUAUCUUAUCAAUUACAAUAAUAAUUAUUGAUAUUAAAUUUAUAUCAUAUAAUAUUAUUGACUUAUUAUAGGUAGGUCUUUAUACAAGUCUUUAAAGAGAGAUUAUUUUAUUAAAAAAUGUAACUAAAAACUAGAAAAAAAAUGUAUCAAAUGUGCCAUAUUGUUAGUAAGAAUUAAUAAUAAUAAUCGUAA